UGGAGGAAACUUUUCCAGAGAGAGCGGCUCCUCCUCUCCACGCUUCUGACCUGCAUCCACAUCAGCGGGACACUUUUUGUCAAGAAACUACCGCUUCAUGAAAAUAAUCUUCUCUUCGUUAACCGGCGGGUUUCCGUUGCUCAGGGUUUUCCCCGCGGUAAUUAUCAGUGUAAACACAACCACAGGGAUUUACCGGGAGGACGGAGGAGGUGAUGCAGCGGUCCUGUUAAAGUUGAAGGCUUCAGAGAAUCUGUCUGUGUCGGCGGCAAGCAGAGCGGCUCCUCCGGUGCUCCCACCGCGCUCAGCGAGCGGCUGUCCCCCGCCUCGGAGGCCAUGGGCUGCGGCUUGCGGAAACUGGAAGACCCGGAGGACAGCAGCCCCGGGAAGAUCUACUCCACCUUGAAGAGACCACAAGUGGAGACCAAAACGGAGACUGUGUACGAGUAUGUGCUGCUCGACUUCAGUCUGGAAGGUAGCCGUCCUACGGUGCAGUAUGUGGCUUCACUUUCCGAGCUGCCUCAGGCCCUGCAGCCAUACUACACACAAGGCUACAUCCUGGCCGCCCUGCACCCCAUCAUCCUGUCUGUGGGCCGAACCCGUUCACUGCCCUUCAGCCUGCUCUACCGAGCCAUCCUCGCCCGUCCCAGACCAAGUAAGCAGAUGGCGUCCAUGUGUUACAGCGUGCCGAUGUUGAAGGUGGAGGAGUGGCCGUUACCUGGAGAGUCGCUGACAGGCGAUACGGUCAGAGCGCUCAUCGACAGGGUGAACAGCAGUGCCCGGGGGGGCGUUCGAUUCGUUGCCUCGGUCCUCCAGCAGGUGAGCGGGAUCACCAACGGCCGAGUGCACAGUCCGAAGAGGGGCUGCCGCUCGCCUCCACGCAGCCCUCCGCGUACUCCGCCUGGAGACAGAGAGCUGGAGGAAAACACCUACAGUCCUGACUUGAGGUUGCUGGUCUUCUUCCACUCCUGGGCCCCGGGCUGUGCUCCUCUGGACUCCCUGGCCUGUCAGUACCACCAGGGGGCGCUCUCCAUGCGCGUCUCCAGGAAGGGUCAGGUGGUCAGCUCCCUGGAAGCUGAUUGGCUGGAGCUGACUGCCGCCUACUACCGCAAAGGCUGGUCGUUGGUCGACUCCUUCGUCUACUGGGACACACCCAAAGGCGAGCCAGUGCCCAGAUCACUGGAGGGAUUGUUCGUGUAUGAAGAGAGAAGCACCUCUCCUCCGGCCAAUGACACCAUCGUCGUAGAGCAGUGGACUGUCAUCGAGGGCUCCAAUGUGAAAACGGACUACGGGCCUCUGCUUCACACUCUGGCUGAGUUUGGUUGGCUGCUCACAUGUGUGCUGCCCACUCCCAUCAUCCGUCACGACAGUGAUGGGAAUCUGGCCACAAAGCAGGUUGUGUUUCUCCAGCGGCCAGUCAGAAGUCAGGCAGCAGGACAACCGAGGAACCAGGCUUUAUCCGUGCACAGCGACGUGUCCAGUCGCUCUGUGAGUCGGGCGGUCAGCAGCCCCGUCCCUCCAGAGGAGCUGUCUCCGACCGCCGGAGGCAUCGGGGGCUUCCCGGUGUUCGGAGGGGGGUAUCCCAGCGCCCUGUCCCACCUGGAGGAAGGCGGCUUUGAGCAGGAAGAGGGGAAAGCUGAAGUCACCUGUAUGUGAGCCGGACGGGAGCAGAACUACAGUUAAGAGUUAAAAACUUUGUCGGAUUACAGAAGGAACGUCCACAGACUCGUUCAUCGGGCCAUCAUGUUCGUGACACCCUUCUUUUUAACAGAGACUUUAAUGUAGAAGAACUCGGCACUUU